AUGUUGCAGGGUGUAAACUCGGUGCCAGACGUAACGUUCACAAUUUUGGAUGCAUGCCGAGACUAUCAGUUCCGUGUAAUUACUGUUUUACGAAAUAAAGAUCGAGAACAUCGGCUGCUUGUUUAUCGUCCGCGAGCUAUACCAGUUGAUCUGCCUACGUUUGCUGUAGCUCCCAGAAAAGUUCUUUUUUGCACUUUAUAUGGCAAAAUGCAGGGUUUCUAA